CACAGCAACUAAAACCUAUAAGAGAGAGAAAAAGAAAAAACAACUUUACACUUAUAUUGCACUAUUUUCAAGCUAGGGUGAUAUUAUUAUGGCUAAGUGGUGCAUCAUGCUUCUUGUUCUUGCCCUUGUUGUUGUGUCCACAACAAGUGCAAGAAAGGUUCCUAAUAAUGAUGCAACUUUGAAGGACCAGAAGAAUUUCCUGAGCUAUGGCGGCGUUGGUGGCUAUUCGGGAAUUGGAGGGAACGGAAUGCCCUUUGGAGGUGUAGGUGGUGCAAUUGGAUCCAACUUUGGUGGUGCAGGAGUUGGCGGCGGGCUCGGCGGCGGUGCGGGUAUCGGUGGACUCGGCGGUACGGGUAUCGGUGGCGGUGGAGCUUCUGGCAGUGUCCCUCUCCCUUGAGAUGAGGCUAUGUUUGUUUCAGUUAUUUCCGUUAUGGCUAUAGUUUAAUUAACUAGUAGCUAUAACUACCUUGCUUUUAUUUAUGUUUUAAAUUUAAUUAAGAAAAUAAAUUUCGAUGUUAUAGUGUGUGUUAUGCUAGCUAGCUAGGGUUUUGUCACUAGCAAGAAUAUUGUAGUGCAUGCUACUUUAUUAUGACUUUAUGUUAUAUGUAUUUCUUCAUC